CGACAGCUGAGACCCACCCAGAUGCACUUGCAGGUACCGAGAGGGCACAGAAAGGCUGCACUCCGACUUCUGGGUCAGGACGGUGUCCCAGGAUGGUCAGGUGUCAGCAGUGACGGGGCCGGGCUUCCCUGCCCUCCAUCUGCCCACUGCUCAAGCCGCAGGAUCGCAGACCUGCUGGUCCCGUGAUCUGGGGAGACCAUGUCCGGGCUCCCGGACCGCCUGCUGCGACUGCUGUGGGGCACCCCCAGGCAGCGGGUCUGCACCCUCUGCCUCGUGGGCUUCAAGUUCUCGUGCUUUGUCUUCGUGGUGAUCUACUGGCAUGUUGGGGGAGCGCCUGGGGACCGGGGGCACCUCCAUACCCUGCCCGUGGACGUGCCCUGCCCGACGCCGGUGUCCCCCGGCCCGAGCAACAGCACCCCACUUGGGGGCGACAUCUUCUUCCUGGAGACGUCUGAGCAGACCACCCCCAACUUCCUGUUCGCGUGCUCCGUGGAGUCGGCCGCCAGGGCGCACCCCAAGUCCCGCGUGGCGGUGCUGAUGAAGGGGCUGCACGGCCGCACCGCGCCCCCUCCCCGGCACCUGGGCCUCUCGCUCCUGGGCUGCUUCCCCAACGUCCGGUUGCUGCCGCUGGACCUGGACGCGCUGUUCCGGGGGACGCCGCUGGCCCCCUGGCACGCGGCCGCGCGGGGGCGCUGGGAGCCCUACCUGCUGCCCGUGAUCUCGGACGCCGCCCGCCUCGCGCUGCUGUGGAAGUUCGGGGGCGUCUACCUGGACACGGACUUCAUCGUCCUCCGCGGCCUGGGGCACCUCAGCAACGCGCUGGGCACCCAGUCGCGCUACGUCCUCAACGGGGCCUUCCUGGCCUUCGAGCGGCAGCACGAGUUCCUGGCGCUGUGCAUGCGCGACUUCGUGGCCCAGUACAACGGCUGGGUGUGGGGCCACCAGGGCCCGCAGCUGCUCACGCGCGUCUUCAAGAAGUGGUCAUCGUCCUCCGCGGCCUGGGGCACCUCAGCAACGCGCUGGGCACCCAGU